UCGAGGUCUGUGUGUCAGCACUGUCAGCUUGUGUUUGAUUUGAACCUCAUUUAACCUUAAAUUUCGUUCUAGUGUCUGGUUUCUUUGUUCUUUUGAAUCAGUUGUAAUCUGGAAUGCGGAGAAUAUGUCGAGAAUAGUUGAGUCUUUGAAGAAAUUAAAUGUCGAAAACGACGCCGAGUCGUACCGACAAAACAAUGACAGGGCCAACAAGAAGGUGGAGUUGACGCUGUUAUUGGAAGAAAGAGUGUCACUCGAUCAGAAUGACUACAUAUUAUCCGUCUGUGGAACCCAAAGUGAGCCAGAAUUUAGGAUUGGAGCAGCAUUGUCAGAUCACUCUUGCAUAAUAUAUUCUGUUGGCGAAUCCUUGAACCGAACAAUUAUGCUAGAUCAUAAUCGAUCACCCAUUGUAGGAAUUAAGUUCAGUCCUACUUCUAAAAAUGUAUUAUAUAUCGCAACUAACGAUGGAUUAAUUACAGCAUGUGAUUUGCGUGCUAAGGGAAAGGUUGUAGCAGAAUUUAAAGAUAAUACAGAAAAUGGCAAAAUAAAACCUUUGGCUAGCUUUGACCUUAGCUGUGAUGAAAGGCUCAUAGCUGGUGGGACAGAGCAUACAGGUGGAGAUGCAUUUAUUCUGUUUUGGGACAUAAGGCAAAGUAAUUCAAAACCAGAAAAUAAAAACAGUCUCCUUGGUGGAUAUUGGGAAUCGCAUAUGGAUGAUAUAACUUGUCUGACCUUUCAUCCUGCCAAGCGGAAUGUUUUAGCAUCUGGUAGUACAGAUGGUUUAAUGAAUAUAUUUGACCUGACACAAUCCUCAGAAGAUUUGGCCUUAACUUGUUCUUUAAAUACCGAAUCAUCAGUGGACAGACUGGGUUGGUUAACUGAUGAUUCUCUAUGGUGUACGACACAUACACAAACGUUACAGUUAUGGGAAUCUGAAGGUGCUAAUGCAUAUGCAACAUUUGCACGUAGUGAUUUAGCCGUGUCACAGAAUGAUGAUGCUGAUAAUUGUUACUUGGUAAGAUUCCAUGCCACUAAUGCUUUUGGACAACCAUUUGUGUUAGCGGGUUCCAGCACAGUUAAAGGGGAAAAUCUAAGAUGCUUGAAUAUUAAGAAGAAUCGUUUGAAAACAUAUUACGAAAUUGUAGGGAAUAAACAAAUAGUACGGGACAGCUGGAUGCAUGAGAAGAGUGGAAGCUUGGUGACAGUUGGUGAGAAAGGCACUGUCAAUAUUUGGCGACAAACAGAAUCGUCGAUACAGCAAAAUUCAAGUCAUAAGUUGUUAACUAAAAUUGGAACUGACCGUGAUCGGCAUCACAGAACUAAACCCUAUUAAAAUAAACAUUUAGGAAAAAAAUUUAUCAAUACGGAAAAGUGUUUUGCCAUAAAAUAAUUGUAUCACAGCGGAAUUGGAACAAUGAACAAAGCGUCAUAAUUGUAUAUUUCCCUCACAUUCUUCUUUAUUACAAUAACAGUUGUAUGUACAUUUAUAAUAAAUAGGUAUUAUUUGUUUAUGCGAUUAUUCAACGGCGAGUCAUAUAUCGAUUAAAAAAAUGCAGCCACGGGUUUCGUGGUAUAAAUGCUAAGGAAUGUCAAUCACAUGUAACUGUGGAUACAUUGAAUUAAUGGACAUGGAAGAAAAGAAUAAGACAGACCGUAGGAGUCGCACGCGACUUAUAAGGAAACAAUUUUCUUUUACCACAGCAAGAUUAAAAUUAAUAAAACACGACAUUGGCAAUCGUCAUAGAGAAAGUUUGUAUCGAGCAAUUAGUACUCGUGAUAGAGGACAGUCAACCAAACAAUAACAAUUGAUAGUCGUUUACAGUCUCUGUGUUUAAAAAUCAUUAAAAUUCAAGGAAACUCCUAUUGCCAAUCCAUGAGCGUAUCAAUAACCAAACACACGCCCGCUUAUUACACAUUAUGUAAUAUUACAUUAACGAUUCAAAAGACGAUCGCAGUAGCGAGUAUCACAAUGAUAACAGUAGAUAUAUAGUUUUAGAGCGAAACGGUAGUAUAGGUACAGAGUAAACGUACAAAAAUACUUCCCAUGAGCAUCGGGGACGUAAAGAUUCGCUAAAACGUGGAAAACCGCGUUACUAUAACUUCAUUUAUAUAUAUAUAUAUAUAUUUCUUUAUAUAUCAUCUUUAUAGUUGUAUAUCCUUUCUCAAACUUUGCGACGCCACGUGACGUUAUAUUAGAAAAAAAAAAAGAUACAAAACGCCACGAAACGCGCGUAGGCCGUCGCGCUAUUCCUUAGCUAUCGCUGAUUUGAUUCUUCGCGUGUUAUUGGAAUAUCCGCGAGAUUGUGUGCGACUUCAUUUAUUUAUUACGGAUAUAUCAGUCGAUGGAGACAGAAAAUUGCGGCACUUCAUUGAUCGUAUACAACGACAUUAUCAACUUGCUGACUUGCUCCAUUGCAUCAUUUCUUCUAGGAUACAAGCAACCUACAAGUGUGCAGAAAGAUCGUUUUCUCCAAAAAGGAUUAAUCCUUUUUAGUUUUCUCGAAUCGAUAUAAAAUCUCAAUUUUUUUACAACUUUUUUUACCCGGCUAGUCACGCUGUAAAUAGUCCAUCAUCUAUAUGCAUAUC